GGAAAAAUUUGCAUAUAACGCGGUGUUGAACGCAAGCCUCUGCACCCCUCCGGAGAGCCAAGAAUGCACACGUGAAGAGAUAUUUCAUUAUGUACAUCAUGGAAGGCGGGGUAGAGGAGUUCAUGCCGAGAGCUAUAAGCGCUGUAUAUUCCACCCAGAGACCAGACUUACACAGUUCAGGCACAGAGGACCAUCAGCAGAAGAGACAGGAGCAACUGGAUCCUCACCUGCCUGUGUCUGGGGAAAGUAAAAACAUACCGGUGGAAAGUUUGGAAUUCUCCAGGUUUGAGCUGGAAGAAUCCAGCCUCAGUCCUCAGUCUGAUGAAGAGGAGCUGGAGGCUCCGCUCCCCCUGAGGUCUGAAGAGGACUGGCUCCAUUCUAACCCCGCUCAUGGACACUGCCAUACAUCCUGCGGCAGUGCACCGACCUGGUAUCACGCACCUCCCUGGCACCCGGCCACGUCUCACCUGGCUCACACCUGGCACCCAUGCACACAUUCGAACUGGCUUCGCAAUCCGCAGCAGCCGAGCCACAGUGUGGACGCGUACACGGGCCUGGUGUCUGUAAAUGUGCCACACUUCUCCCUCCCGCCAACAGGUGGGGUGUCGCAGGCUCAGAUCGGGGGGAUGGCCUCGGGGUGCUUCGUCGAGGAGAGGAGAAGAGGGGCGGGGCUGCCGGAGGAGUGCAGAAAUAUCUUCAUCACCUACUCAUCUGACGCCUCCUCAGACGUCCUCCCAUUUGCGGAAUUCUUGACCAAACACGGCUUCCGACCCACUAUUGACGUAGUAGACGUACCUGUGAACUGCACGGACAUCAACAGCUGGAGAGACAGGUUUCUAAAAGAUCCCUCUACUCUGAUCAUCAUUGCCAUCAGCCCCAAGUACAAAGCAGAUGUGGAGGGGAUUGCAGUGGACAGUCAGGGCCUGCACACGAAAUACAUUCACUCUAUGAUGCAAAAUGAGUUCAUCCAACAAGGCAGCUUGAAUUUCAGAUUUAUACCUGUUACAUUCCUAAACGCAUCCCAGGAGCAUGUGCCCUGCUGGCUACAGAACACCAUAGUCUACCACUGGCCCCGUCACAGUGAGGACCUCUUACUGCGGCUGCUGCGGCGAGAGAGAUACGCCCCGCCCCCCGUCACCAAAGAGAUCAGCGUCAUCAUCCAGCCGGUGCCCCUCUGUGCCACCACGCCCGCACUCCGGCCACUAUAGACCUGAGUUACUCCUACAGUAGCAUAUAUAUUUUGUAAAACUCUCAUAUACUCUUUGGAAAUGUCACUGCUUAAAGCUAAAUUGUUUAUAGUCAU